AUGUUACCAGGUGAAUAUUCCUUAGCAAAACGUUGUUUAUCGUUCGCUAUCACUGCUGAAGACAGAGACAUCCUGAGUCGGUCACGAAACUUUCAAAAGUCGGCUCUCGAAAGGAUAGCAUUUAUCGAUUCACAUUCCAAGGGCGAUGCACUCCUUCCAAACGGUGCGGGUCCCAGUUGUCCGGAGAGGGUAGCGCGUAGCAAGCCGGACAAGACCACUUUAAUGAAAGCCUUGAAGAAUGUCUCAGAGAAGUUGGUCGACCGAAUCUUGAAUGAGGUGUUUGAAGAUUGUUCUUCCGUUACACUGGACAGCGUAGCCGGAAACAAUCGGGCCAAACAGAUUUUGAACGAGACCGUAAUUCUUCCAGCUCUGCGCCCUGAAUUGUUCACCGGUCUUCGGACCCCUGUUCGUGGAAUACUGCUGUUUGGACCGCCUGGAAACGGCAAAACUAUGCUCGCGAAGGCUAUCGCUUCCGAAUCGAAUUGCUUAUUUUUCAAUAUAUCCGCUGCCAGUUUGUUCUCUAAAUGGCUGGGCGAAUCCGAGAACCUCGUCCGUGCUCUCUUUUCCAUCGCACGUCAAGUUCAGCCAUCAAUCAUUUUUUUGGAUGAAGUUGAUUCUCUCCUGAUAGCUCGGAAGGACAACAGCGGUCACGAGGCAUCUCGUCGUGUUCUCACACAGCUGCUCGCUGAAAUGGACGGUGUAAGUUUUUUUUUCAUGCAGGCAUGA